CAAAGAACGCGGCUGUGAUGCGCCAAAAAGCGAGACAAUUCCACCUUAAAUAGCGUUGAGCGGGCGCCAUCUUCAGUCCACCUUAAGCGCACGUUGUGGCGAAAAAAGGAACGCCGCGGAGUCCUAAGCGGGCUUCCGUAGCCGGGGAGUCGCACUUGAGGAACAACCCCGCCGAACAUCAUCCGCAUUAUUGGGGGAGAACAUGUCCGGACCGAACAACAAGUACCGGGAGUGGAUACUGGAAACCAUCGACUCGCUCCGCUCCAGGAAAGCGCGCCCGGACCUGGAGAGGAUUUGUCGAAUGGUCCGCCGACGACACGGGUCAGACCCGGACCGAACCAGGGCGGAACUGGAGAAACUGAUCCAGGAUCAGACUGUGUUGAAAGUUAGCUACAAGGGGUCUAUCUCGUACCGGAACGCGGCUAAGGUGCAGCGGAAGAGCCGGAAGAAAGAGGCGGCGGCGGCGGCGGCGGCGGCGGAGCUUGUGAGCAACAACAACGGCGACAGCGCGCUCAGCCUCACCGACCAGGAGGAGGACUCCGGGGAGCCCAGCCCGGACCACCGACCGGUGAAGAAGAGGCGAAUUAAUAAGUCUCACGGGAGUGGUGGUGCGGCGGCGGCGGCGGCGGCGGCGGCGGCGGCGGAAGAAGAUGAAUCAGGACCGCCAGAAGUCCGCCCGGACACGCGGGACAGUGAACCGUCCGAGCAAAGUUCCACCGCAUGCGCCGGCGAACACCAACAAAACGCGCCGCUUCGCCCCAAACUUGGACUCGGGAGACCCGCAUCCAACUUGGACCUGUCCGAGCGGAGCCUCCGCCUCGGCCCCGACGUCGCCAUCCCCGCCAAGCCGCUCGUACUGCGAGAGCUCUGGGGCUAUCUCAGCGGCCAGGAGCGCCUCUCGGAGGAGAAAGUCAAAGUGGUGAUGGAGAAAGAGGUGGCGGUGAGAGGCCGGCUGCGCAGGACCCGCUGCGGGAACGCCACUCUCCCCCCGCGGGGGGCGAGGACGGCGGAGGGGUCCGGCGGGAGACUCGCAAAGGACAAAAAGGCUCUACAGGAGAGCGAACGGAUGGAGGCAGCCGGUGAAAUAGGUGUGCAAGAGAACGAAGAGGAGGAUCCCAUUGAGGAGGGACGAACAUCCCUGGUAGCCAUGACAACCACAGCAGGUGUCAAGGAGAAAGCCACAGAAGAUGGUGAAAUCCAAAGAUCCUUGGAGGAGGAGAGUUCUGGUCAGCAUGAACAUAGUGACAAAGAGGGCCUGUCAGGUGUGGACCCCAUCGCUAUGACUGAGUGUUCGCCUCCUUUGGGUGCUUCCCCAUCACGAUGCAACAGUAAACAUGCGGACCAGACACCUGCCACACCUGAUCAGAUCGAUUCGCUCGAAGACGCCCAGUCGGGCUUUAACGGUGUUGAGCGUAAGACAGAAGUGGGCGUGUCCUCCUGCCUGCUCACACCCACCGCCUCCCCCAGAGACAACGGCCUGUCUGAAGAGCCCGGGAUGAAUUGUGGCGUUACCAAUGGAGGGUUUAUUAAGAUAGAAGUGGUCAGCGGGAGCCCAGUGAACUGGACCGUGUCUGAUGUGGUCUCCUAUUUUACGAGCGCCGGUUUCCCCGAGCAGGCCGCUGCCUUUGGGACACAGGAAAUCGAUGGGAAGUCCCUUCUCCUAAUGCAGCGUAAUGACGUUUUGAUUGGCCUGUCAAUCAAACUGGGCCCCGCCCUCAAGAUCUACGAGCACCAUGUGAAGGUUUUGCAAAAAACUCACUUUGAGGAUGACGACUGUACAUGAAUACGCGCGAUAGUCAAAUAUUUAAACAGACGCACACAUGCAUAAACAUCCAGGGCCUUCUCUGCUCAAUGAGUGGCAAUACACAUAAAAAUGAUUUCUCACCAAUGUGAGAAGUAUUCAACAUGUUUGGUUUUUUUCGGCCGUUUCUCGGUCAAAGUGUGCGCAGUUUUGCUCAUGGGCAUUCACAGAUGCUGACUUUGAUGUUAAAAAAGUGAGAACUUGCAGACGACCUUCAAGCUAUUUGGCAUAUCCGUGCACGACGCCGAGUAGAUUUUUGGAUGCUGUGAAAGGCGCACGUCUCGCUGAGAGUCUCUGCGAGGGGGGAUGUUUAAUGGAGCAUGUCGGAUUGAGAGGCAGCAAAUUAGAAAUUAAUCAGAUUGACACGUCAUUAGGCUCAGUCUAAUGCGAUACAGUACCGGAGCUGGUACUUUAUUACAAGGUCUGCAUUUACAAAGAUAGGUGUGAUUGACACAGUCAGGCAGUGUGUUGAUGUAGUUUGCAGUGGUGGACACCUCCACUGCAGGAUACUGAAAUGUAUCAACUAUUAAUUCGCUAUCUUAGACCACAGGUGUCAAACUCAAGGCCUUAUGUGGCCCGCCUUGUCAUUUAAUGUGGCCCUCCAUGUCAUUUAUGUGGUCUGAUGUAUCAUUUUAUGGGCCGCGACAUUAUUUCAAGUGGAAUGCCACGUCAUAGCUCGGUUGGUAGAGUGGCCGUGCCAUCAACCUGAGGGUUGCAGGUUCGAUCCCCGCUUCCACCAUCCUAGUCACUGCCGUUGUGUCCUUGGGCAAGACACUUUACCCACCUGCUCCCAGUGCCACCCACACUGGUUUAAAUGUAACUUAGAUAUUGGGUUUCACAAUGUAAAGCGCUUUUGAGUCACUUGAGAAAAGCGCUAUAUAAAUGUAAUUCACUUCACUUCACUUCACUUCCGCCAUCCUAGUCACUGCCGUUGUGUCUUUGGGCAAGACGCUUUACCCACCUGCUCCCAGUGCCACCCACACUGGUUUAAAUGUAACUUAGAUAUUGGGUUUUCACUAUGUAAAGCGCUUUGAGUCACUAGAGAAAAGCGCUAUAUAAAUAUAAUUCACUUCACUUCACAUUUAAAAAGUUAAAGUUAAAGUACCAAUGAUUGUCACACACACACACUAGGUGUGGCGAAAUUAUUCUCUGCAUUUGACCCAUCACCCUUGAUCACCCCCUGGGAGGUGAGGGGAGCAGUGGGCAGCAGCGGUGGCUGCGCCCGGGAAUCAUUUUUGGUGAUUUAACCCCCAAUUCCAACCCUUGAUGCUGAGUGCCAAGCAGGGAGGUAAUGGGUCCCAUUUUUAUAGUCUUUGGUAUGACUCGGCCGGGAUUUGAACUCCCAACCUACCGAUCUCAGGACGGACACUCUAACCACUAGGCCACUGAGUCAGCCGCAUUUUUUUAUGUGGCCUCCCACAACAUUUAUGUGGUCUGCCACAUUGUUUCUUAGUUUAAGUGGCCUAACAAAUUAUUUUAUGUAUCGUUUAUAUCAGGGGUCCCCAAAUUACGGCCCGCCAGCGUCUGAAAUCUGGCCCGCGGGAAGUCCCAGGUUAAAAAAAAAAUUAUAAUUUAUUUUUUUUAUUAUCCUUUUUUUAAAUCUGUCCUUUCUCACCCAUUUUCUACCGAUUGUUACUCUCCGUGUCUCCGAGGCGCUCGGGCAAAUCAUGAAAAUGCAUUUUCCCAUCGAUAACGUGAUAUCAUCGCGCUCAGAAUAUACAGUCGUGGUCAAAAGUUGACAUACACUUGUAAA